UGUUGGUAUCCGAGGUAAACAAUUUUCGAGCUGUGAACCGACACAAUUUUCUAUUAUUUUAGAAGAUUAGCCCAUUUAAUCCAAUCUAAUUCAACUUAUACGGUAUUUGUUACAAUAGUAAUCUCAGGAAAUGCAAUCUUUGGAGAUAAAAAUUCUACUAAGACAAAAGAUCCUGCUUGGAUCAGCAUAGGUAAUAUAACAACAGCAAAUUGAAAACAUUCACUGAAGUACCGAUUAAAAUGGCAUAUUUACUAGGAGGAAAGGCGUGUAUGGAUAGUUUACGCAAUGAUGUACAAGAUGUUCAUUGGUCGGUAUCAGACAUCGUAUCCCGUACAGGACCGUUGGAAUUCCCAUCCUGGAAGUUUCCUGACAAGAUGUCCUGUGAUUUGGACAUGGAUGACUUGAUGGAGAUGUACGAUUAUUGUGAUGGAGAGGAGGAGAAUCAGGUGGCUCACAUCGCGUUAUACGAACUUGUGAUUGACAGAUUGGUGUACCUUGUUCAGGCUAUGACUAAAUAUACAGAACAGUUAAUGAGUGGAAUAAAACCAGGGGGAGAGAACUCUACAGGAACAAGUAGUUCUGUUGGUCUGGUGGUGAAAAAAUAUUGUGGCAGAUUGAUUCAUUUGCACACGUUAAUACAACAUAUACAGUCUGAGAAUAAAACUAAAACUAGAAAAAUAACAGAUUUAGAAAAAACUCUUCUAAAACUGAAUGGUGAGGUGCAUCAAAAUGGUUACCUGUCACCGAAACAGAACAAUCUUUCAAAUUCAAACAUGGACGAUUCCAGUUCAAGUAACUUCAGUGCUUCCUCCCCUAAUAUGGACAUUUCGAGAGAUGCUUGCAAUAAAUCAUCACAAACUAUAGAAACAGCUUUUGUAGCCUGUGAGUCGUGUGACGUCGUUCAGAAAAAUUUACGUGAAACGGGGGAUAUUGUUAUUCAUGUUUGUUCAACGCAAGGCCUUCCAUCGUCACUGAAAAAAUUCCGUCCACAGGUUGCGGGUUACGAUUGGUUAAGCGCUAAUGACAUCAUGAGAUGGACACACGAACAAAAUAAAGAUCUGUCGCGAAUAAAUAAAUACAUGGAUCAGAUCGUAACAGAAGUCAAACCUUUAAAAGCAGAAGUGACGGCCUUCGAGAAAGAAACGAAACAAAUGGAACAUAAAGUUCGUAAAAUCGAAAAUGAAUUGAAGUUAGAAAAAGACACCCAGAUAGCCAUUAAGCGACAGUAUGAAAUAAAACUUCAAGAGAAAGAAUCAACCUUCACGGAAAGUAUGGCUUCCGUAAAUAGACAGAAAGAUGAAAUAACAAAAACGCGGAAAGAUUUAGAGCGGGAGUUAGAAAAGAGUCGAGUUGAAUUGAGACAACAACAAAGUGAAUUAGAAACAUUAGAAACAACUCAGAAAGAUUUAGAGAAAGAAUUGAGAAAAACGAAAGUAGAUCAAGAAGAAAUCAACAUAUUGGAAGAUAAAGUUAAAUUGAUGAAAACAGAAUUAAAUCACGUCACAGAUAAACUUGAAUCACAGACCAAAGAUUAUAAUUUAGAAUUGUCAAAAAAUAAAAUGGCACAGAAACGAAAUGAUAAUCUGCAAGCUAAACAGGCCAGUUUAUUGGAGCGGGUGAAUGAACUGGAUAGAGAGAAUGAAGAACUGAAAGAUCAAAUGAAUGAAUUAGAAGAAGAGAAAGAAAAAAUUACAGAGAAAUUAGAAAAGUUGGAAGAUGAAAAGACACAAUUACAACAGCAAGUUGAUGAAAAUAAGGCUGAGCAUGAUCGACUUGGUAAAGAGAAAGAUGACCUUGAGAAAACAAUGGAGGAAACGCGUCACAUUAUUCAACAGAUGGAACAACAAGUGAACGAAGCCAAAGAACGAGAAAAACUUCUUGUAGAAUAUCCAGAUUUAAACGGGCCUGUAAAUCCAGACUAUAAAGGUACAGGUAACCUGGUUAAAGAUAUGGAGAAUCAAGUGAAAGCAAAUUUGAUCCGAGUCCAGAUUUUAGAGACUCAAAGUGAAGGUCUACAGAACUCAAUAUGUAAAUUUGUAUCAAAUCAAGGUCAUAGUCCAGUUCGAUCCUGUUCUAAAUCAUCGUCUCAAUCGUCAAUUCAGUCCAAUACAACUAUGAUGGGCGGUCCAACACAACUAUGGAAGAUGGAUGAAUUAGAUAAUAUUCGAGAAGAAGACAAUAACAGAAGCUACAGAUUGUCCAACCAGAAUAAUUCUAACAGUAAUGACAUAUCUCCCCGUAAAUCUAAACCUCGCGUAAAACCCAACAUGUUCACCAUGAACUUUGACACAUCGAGUACAAAGACAAAAGAUGAGUUUGUGGUAACCAAGACAACGAGACCAGAGAGUGGAAAGAGAGUGAAAGAGAGGCCAUUGAGUAGUAAAGGUUCGGUCAUGACACCAGUCAAUAAGACAAGUAUAGGAGCUUAUUUACAGAUGAAGAAAGGCGGACAUCUUGGAUCAGCAGGCACAGGUCGUCCACCAUCAGGAAAAGUCAACAAUUCCAGUAACCAGAGUAACAAGACAGAUAACUCUGAUUAUUCUCCCACUAUGUUUGUUUGUAACCAGUGUGAUAAAAUGUAUGACAGGGAACGUGAUUUAGAAAUACAUCGUUCGUAUUGUACCCCUUAAGACACGGUGCCCAUAAUAUAUAUAACCGUUGUGCGAUAUUUGUAUCAGACAAAGUCUGUAACAGGCCUCUAAUGUCUAGACUUUAUAAUUCAAAAUUUCGUUUUACUUGUCUUUACUACACUGAAGAGUUUACUGAGGAGUUGUUAUCAUUGAAAUGUUCUGGCUGAUGUGAGGGAUUAGCCAAUGAAACGGUCUGUUACGGCGAGCUUUUGGUGCACGGAACUGUGGGUAAACCACCGGAAACGUCAACGCGGAUUGAUUAAUUAAUGUCUGACUUCAUUUAUUAGCAGCUGAAAAUCAUUCAUAUUUUAAUGUUUCCUUGUUUUUCACUACAUGUAAUUUUCAGAUAUAGCAUUUCAUUUUCUUUAUAAUACAAUUGUAACUAUAUCCUGUCUUGUACAUUAGCAUUAGUGAUGUUCACAGUGUACAAUUUAAUUACUAUUAUAUAUAAACUAAAUUUAUAUAUCAUAGAUUCUUUAAAGUGCUCUUAUGUAUUGGUGGCACCUUGUUGUCAGGUUCAUACUGUAGAUUCUUUUAGCUUGUGUCUUUUAGGUGUGUCUAAUAUGUGGCGGAAUUCUGUAGGCGGGUCCAUAGGGUAGAUUCAUUUAGCUUAUGUCUUAGGUUGCACAUAGUGAUGCAUUAUAGUUAUAUUAAAGUAACCAUUGUAUUUCUUUAACCAUUUCUCUCCCCUGAUUAAAACCAAACAUAAAUCUUGUAUGUUCUUUAAUUUAUGUAGGUAUCCAAUUUAUUUCAGUCCGUCCUGAAAUUCGUCUCUAAUUUAUUACAUGUUUAUUGUUGUUAUUAGUUAUAUUAAAAUGUUAUUGAUUCAAAUAUUUAUGUAUUAUAUGAAAUUUUUAUUUUGUAAUUUAGAAUUUUAUACAAUAAACUAUUUAAUUGUU